CGCGCUGAAGACCCGCCCCCUCCCCGGGUCGGACGCUGAGCGGAGCCGCGGGCCGAGGCCGGACGGACCGACUGACGGGAGCCACCGGAGGCGAGCAAGAUGGCGCAGACUCAGGGCACCAGGAGGAAAGUCUGUUACUACUACGACGGGGAUGUUGGAAAUUACUAUUAUGGACAAGGCCACCCAAUGAAGCCUCACCGAAUCCGCAUGACUCACAAUUUGCUGCUCAACUACGGCCUCUACCGUAAGAUGGAAAUCUACCGCCCGCACAAGGCCAGCGCGGAGGAGAUGACCAAGUACCACAGCGACGACUACAUCAAGUUCCUGCGCUCCAUCCGCCCCGACAACAUGUCCGAGCACAGCAAGCAGAUGCAGCGCUUCAACGUUGGCGAGGACUGCCCGGUGUUCGACGGGCUGUUCGAGUUCUGUCAGUUGUCGACCGGCGGCUCCGUGGCCAGCGCCGUGAAACUGAAUAAGCAGCAGACGGACAUUGCUGUGAACUGGGCCGGGGGCCUGCACCAUGCAAAGAAGUCCGAGGCGUCUGGCUUCUGUUACGUCAACGACAUCGUCUUGGCCAUCCUGGAGCUGCUAAAGUACCACCAGAGGGUGCUGUACAUCGACAUCGACAUCCACCACGGCGAUGGCGUGGAGGAGGCCUUCUAUACCACAGACCGGGUCAUGACCGUGUCCUUUCAUAAAUACGGAGAGUACUUCCCAGGAACGGGAGACCUACGGGAUAUCGGGGCUGGCAAAGGCAAGUACUAUGCCGUUAACUACCCUCUCCGAGACGGGAUCGACGACGAGUCCUAUGAGGCCAUCUUCAAGCCGGUCACAUCCAAAGUGAUGGAGAUGUUCCAGCCCAGCGCCGUGGUCUUGCAGUGUGGCUCAGACUCCUUGUCUGGAGAUCGCUUAGGCUGCUUCAAUCUGACCAUCAAAGGGCAUGCUAAGUGUGUGGAAUUUGUCAAGAGCUUCAACCUGCCUAUGCUGAUGCUGGGAGGCGGUGGCUACACCAUCCGUAAUGUCGCGCGGUGCUGGACGUACGAGACGGCCGUGGCCCUGGACACGGAGAUCCCGAAUGAGCUUCCUUACAACGACUACUUCGAGUACUUCGGACCAGAUUUCAAGCUUCACAUCAGCCCUUCCAACAUGACCAACCAGAACACCAACGAGUACCUGGAGAAGAUCAAACAGCGGCUGUUUGAGAACCUGCGGAUGCUGCCUCACGCGCCGGGGGUCCAGAUGCAGGCCAUCCCCGAGGACGCCGUCCCGGAGGAGAGCGGCGAGGACGAGGAUGACCCCGACAAACGCAUCUCAAUCUGCUCCUCUGACAAGCGGAUUGCCUGUGAGGAAGAGUUCUCUGACUCCGACGAGGAGGGGGAAGGUGGCCGCAAGAACUCUUCCAACUUCAAAAAAGCCAAGAGAGUCAAAAUAGAGGAUGAGAAAGAGAAAGAGCCGGAAGAGAAGAAAGAAGCCCCAGAAGAGGAGAAAGUUAAGGAGGAGAAGCCCGAAGCCAAAGGGGUCGAGGAGGAGGGCAAGCUGGCCUGAGCAACCUCUUCAGAUCUGGCUCCCUGCCAAGCUCCCCACACCCUCAGAUUUUAUAUUUUCUAUUUCUGUGUAUUUAUAUAAAAAUAUAUUAAAUAUAAAUAUCCCCAGGGACUAGACAGGAACCAGGGUAGCCGCACUGGGCUACCUCCCCUCGCAGCCGCCUUGCCACUCAUCCCGCCCUGGCCAAUAGCACCAUAAAUGGUGCCAGGUCUGGGUAGAAGGGACAGGCAGCCAUAAGACAAAACCUGGAACGCCAGGCGCCUGUCUGGCAGCUUUGGGAAGGUCCCCUUGGCAUUCUAGAGGGGGCAGUCAAGUCUUCAGGGACCCUGUUCUGUUCAGGCUCCUGAUGUGACAUCAGCCAUUUUGGGAUGGGUUCUGGUCUCCUACCUUCCCACUUAGGAGCCAGGACCCUCACAGCUGCCUGCCUGGGUUGCCUCCAGUCCUGCAGGUGGAAGUGGUGGUCUAGUUUCCUUUCUGGAGAUACUAUUUUCAUUUUUUGUGAGAUUCUUUAUAAUAAAAUGGUACAUUUCUAUACCUACA